AUGGAAAAAGUCAUUUCACUUGCAGAGGCUGCCAAAGGGUUAUUUGUCUUCCAGCAGGGGAAGUCAUGCCCAUGUCAAGCCCGUCAGCAUAGACUGGUGAGUAAUUGCUUAUCCUGUGACAAUAUUGUCUACGAACAAGAAGGAGAGGGGCCUUGCAGUUUCUGCGGCGCCCUUGUGUUAAAGGAAGGAAGUACGUAUGCUGGUCUUGAAGAAAGUAUGGCUCCUACAUUAGAUACUGAAUUUGUAGCUGAGGCUUAUGCUAAAAGGCUUGGGGAGUAUGAUCGAAAUUCUGCAGCACGUACAACUGUUAUUGACGAAAGUAAUUACUAUGAGAUAAAAGGCAACAGCUGGCUAUCAAAUGAGGAGAAGCAACUCUUGAGGAAGAAACAAGAGGAAACAGAAGAAGCAGAACUGACCAAGAGAAGUAAAGUGGUUGUGACUUUUGAUUUGGUUGGACGCAAGGUAUCAAAUUUUUAGCAACCAGGCUUUUUUGUGUCAUUUUAAAUAAUUCUCGUUUUCCCAUUCCUGUAAAAAAAUCCUUGUUGUUGCAGGAAGCUUUCUGCUUCA